GACAGCGGCCGGGUGCGGUGCUGCGGGCCUGCCGCCCGGCCUCGCGCCGCCGCCGCGGGCACUGCUCGCAGGGCAAAGCCGCAGGUUUGUCCGCGGUUUUCUUCUUUAAUGGCACGGGGCGGCAGGGCCCCCUCUCGGGCCGCACAGCACCGCACCGAGGAGCCUCCGGGGACUUCUUUGCAAGUCCGCCGAGCAGGUGAGGCUCCCCUGCCCUUCCCCUCGGGGCUCAAAGGCACCUCCCUCUCUCCCCUCCCCUCCCCGCUCCGCUGCUGCUUUCUCGGCUGUCCCGGGAGCUCGCAGCUGCUCGGUCCGCUCCAGCCGGGCUGCGUCGGAAGCGUCUGACAGCGGUGCUAAAGAUAUUGCACACCUCCCUCCUGUAAACACCUAAUAAAUUCAUGGAUGGAUAGGAAGGGUGUUGGCAGAGUGAGGAUCAUGGUUACCAGUCUCUGGUUAGUCUUAUGUUUGACAACCAGAAGUAAGGCACAUUCUUCUUUCAUUUACUUCACUUAUAGCCAGUUGGAUUUUCCCCAUCUUACAGCACCUCGCAGGUCCCUUCUCUGAGCAGUACAUUGCCUGAGUGAGUAGAAACACACAGAUCAGCUGCAGGUUUCUAUCUACAGAAACAGAGUGAAAGAAAAAAAAAGGGUUGGAGAAGGAGAGACAAAUAUUGACUUGGCCUUAUAAAAAAGACAUCCAACGGCUGAAUAAAGAAACCCUGUUCAUGUUUUGGGAUAUUCUUUCAACUGGCUGGAACAAGAGUGGAUCAAAAGAAUGGGAAAUGCCAGCAGACCCUUUGGAAGAAUUGCUUAUUUCCUAUGCCUUUUAUCUGUGCUUUUGCUGACUGAAGGGAAGAAACCAGUGAAGCCAAAAUGUCCUGCCUGGUGUACUUGUACCAAAGAUAAUGCUGUAUGUGAAAAUGCCAGAUCUAUUCCACGCAGCGUUCCGCCUGAUGUUAUCUCAGUAUCCUUUGUGAGAUCUGCUUUUACUAAAAUCCCAGAAGGGAGUUUUUUGUUCACACCGUCUCUGCAUCUUCUGUUGUUUACAUCAAACUCUUUUGAUGUUAUCAGUGAUGAUGCUUUCAUGGGCCUUCCUCAUCUAGAAUAUUUAUUUAUUGAGAACAACAGCAUUAAGUCAAUUUCAAGAAAUACUUUCCGAGGACUGAAAUCUUUAAUUCACCUGAGCCUUGCAAACAAUAAUCUCCAAACACUUCCAAAAGACAUCUUUAAAGGCCUGGAUUCUUUAACAAUUGUGGAUCUUAGAGGGAAUGCAUUUAAUUGUGACUGCAAACUAAAAUGGUUAGUGGAAUGGCUGGGCAGCACUAAUGCAACAGUAGAAGAUAUUUACUGCGAAAGUCCACCAGAAUAUAAGAAGCGUAAAAUCAAUAGCCUCUCUCCAAAGGAAUUUGAUUGUAUUAUUACAGAAUUUGCUGUUUAUCAGUCCCUCCCAUAUCAGUCUCUGUCAGUAGAUACUUUCUCAUAUAUGAAUGAUGAGUAUGUGGUUGUUGCCCAACCUUUUACUGGAAAAUGCAUCUUUCUUGAAUGGGACCAUGUAGAGGGGACGUUCAGGAAUUAUGACAACAUUACAGGUACUUCAACUGUGGUGUGUAAGCCCAUAGUUAUUGAGAGCCAGCUAUAUGUCAUUGUUGCUCAACUUUUUGGAGGCUCCCAUAUCUAUAAGAGAGAUAUUUUUGCUAAUAAGUUUAUAAAAAUUCAAGAUAUUGAAAUUCUUAAAAUCCGAAAACCCAAUGACAUAGAAACGUUCAGGAUUUCAGAAGACUGUUUUUUUGUUGUAGCAGAUAGUUCAAAAGCUGGGUUUACCACAGUUUACAAAUGGAAUGGAAAUGGAUUCUACUCUCAUCAGUCUCUGCAUGCAUGGUAUAGAGAUACUGAUGUGGAGUAUCUUGAAAUAGCUGGCAAACCUCAUUUAAUUCUAUCAAGUAGCUCCCAACGACCUGUCAUAUAUCAAUGGAACAAAGGAACAAAUGAAUUUGUUAAGCGUUUUGAUAUCCAAGACAUGGAAGAUGUGUAUGCAGUAAAACACUUCACAGUGAAAGAGGAUGUAUACAUUUGUUUAACUCGAUUUAUUGGUGAUUCUAAAGUAAUGAAGUGGGGAGGUUCCACAUUUCUGGAUUUACAAAGAAUGCCAUCCCGAGGAUCAAUGGUAUUCCAGCCUCUUCAAAUAAACAAUUAUCAGUAUGCCAUUCUUGGAAGUGAUUAUUCUUUUACUCAAGUCUAUUAUUGGGAUGCUGAAAAAGCAAAAUUUGUGAAGUUUCAAGAAUUAAACAUACAGGCACCAAGAUCUUUCAUACAUGUUUCCAUUGAUAAGCGAGAUUUUCUCUUUGCUUCAAGUUUUAAGGGAACUACAUUGAUUUAUAAACAUGUCAUAGUUGACUUAAGCGCAUGACAUCCAUAAUUCUGAGAUUACAUCAGACUUUCUACCAUAAGUGGACAAAAUGAACUAAAUGCAUGACGAUUCUCUUUAUCCUGCUUCCAGAUGAAUGCCUUUAAAAGUUGAGAUUGCUAGAACAAAGUAUUACUAGUAUCUUCAUCUUUAAUUGUCAAGUCUAGUGGUGUUGGAAGUUGCAUUUUUUUAACAAAAAUAAAUUAAAUGAUUAACUGUUCUUUGCAUCCACAGUAUGUAAAUAUGUGUGCAACUGCAUCUGUUGCUAUGGAAAAAAAUACUAAGAUGUAAUUUUCCAUUUAUUUAUUCACCUGUUUGAAAACAACUGCCAAAUAAAAUGUUUACAUUUUCUGUC